GUUUCAGAUUCUAGGUCAAAAUUUUCUCUUGUGGGGGGGGAGGAAUAGACUUCCCUGAUUCAGAAUCCUUCUGGAAAAUUUAAUUUGAUCAAAAAACGCUUUUGGAUUUGUAGUCAGCUUAGUUCUGUGCGAUGAUACCAGGAGCAAAGUAGCAACAUGAAGCACUUGACUCUGCUUUCAGAUGCACUCAGUGCAGCUUGCAUAUUUAGAGUUGAGAAAAAGAGAGGGCGUGUUUCAUUCCCUCAUGUGCACUUACAGAUGAGGUAGAUGAAUUUGCUUUAAGAAGUGGAAAUGCCGUGAUGGUAACAAUAUAUAUAUGCAAGGUGGUUUUGUUUGGGGUGGUUUUGGGGGUUGGUUUGUUGGUUGUUUUUUUUUUUAAUUCUCUUGCCUGCUCCUGAAUUUCUUCUGUGUGCACGCAGAGCAGAAUCAGCAAGAGCUCCUUACCCUUUCCUUGCACCAAACCUCCAACUCCUCCAGUGCUGUAGUCUGGGUUAAAGGAUCGCGUGUAGCUUCCCCAUGCGUCUUCCACAGCCACGGGAAAGGCAGCACAGAAAGCCUUUUUCAUGUGUAUAGGAUGCAAUGAAUGUCAUGGAGGACUGGCUAUGAAGGAUAUAAAAAUCUUCCUCCUGGGCGCCCCGAUACGUGUCCAAAGCGGUGGACGGGCUCACUCUGGCCCAUCGCUCACACCGACCUGACAGCUCGGAUCAUGGCCAGUCUCCUGCCGCCCUUCCCGCGGUGCCCCACUCAACAAAGCAUCCGAGAAGCCCUUUGGGGCAUCCCCAGCUCCAGCUGCUGGCCUGGGGAAGCUGUGACUGUAGAGGAGGGCCUGUUGCAGCAGCAGGAGCGGCGGCGGGAGGAGCCGGAGCCGUUCCAGCGGAGCCGCUGCUGCGCGCGCCGGGAGCGGGUUGUCCCCUCCCGGUCCCCGCGCUCGGCGUCGCGCCGGGAGAGGCUGCGCAGGGAGCGGGUCCCUCGCUCUGGUCCCCGCCGUGCCCCAGGUUUGCAGCAAUGAUAAAGGAAGAUGUAAAUGACCGUGAAGAUUCUGAACCAUCAGUAUGUGAGAGAAAUGGCAUGAUUCCCAUGCAUGAGCUAAGUGAGCAGGGACCAACAGCAGAUGCCAAAGGUACUGAUGGGAAUAUACAAACAGAAGAAACUGCUCUCUUGAACCACUGCAUUCAGCAACCUCCAGAACCAACAGCAGGGUCUUCAAUACCUGCAAGAACAUGGAGGCAAAUAUUUGCUUGUCCUCCUCAGGGUUUACUUGCCCAAACAGUGACAAAUGUUGCAUUCGUGGUCCUGGUUUGGGCUGUGGUUUGGUCCAUAACUGGGGCUGAGUGUCUCCCAGGUGGAAAUCUAUUUGGAAUUCUGUUUCUUUAUUUCUUUGCUGUCAUUGGAGGUAAAAUUUUUGGAUUCAUUAAAAUACGAACACUGCCCCCUCUCCCUGCUCUUCUGGGGAUGCUGCUUGCUGGUUUCCUAAUCCAAAAUACUCCAUUCAUCAGUGACUUUGUCCAGAUAAACCUACGCUGGUCUGCAGCACUGAGGAAUAUUGCUCUUUCCAUUAUCUUGACCCGAGCAGGACUUGGCCUCGAUCCAAAGGCUCUUCAGAAGCUCAAAGCCGUCUGUUUACGGCUUGCUUUCGGACCGUGCCUCUCAGAAACAUGCACAGCUGCUGUCCUUGCCUACUUGUUCCUGCAUUUGCCAUGGCAGUGGGGAUUUAUAUUAGGUUUUGUUCUAGGUGCAGUCUCCCCUGCUGUGGUGGUUCCCUCCAUGCUGAUUUUACAAGCUGGGGGAUACGGGGUGGAGAAAGGUGUCCCAACUUUGCUAAUGGCAGCUGGCAGCAUUGAUGACAUUCUGGCUAUCACAGGCUUCAACACUUGCCUUGGGAUGGCUUUCUCCUCUGGUUCUACUCUGUACAAUGUGCUCCGUGGAGUCCUGGAGGUUGCUGUUGGCAUAGCAGCUGGGGGAAUUCUGGGAAUGUUUAUUCGAUAUUUCCCAAGCCAUGAUCAGGCAUCUUUGGCAUGGAAGAGAUCAUAUUUUGUACUUGGACUGUCCAUGUUUGCUGUUUUUGGCAGCAUCUACUUUGGCUUCCCUGGAUCAGGAGGGCUCUGCACAUUAGUCUUGGCUUUUGUCGCAGGUGUGGGAUGGUCUGAUGAAAAGAGGGAAAUAGAAAAAAUUGUGGCAGUUGCAUGGAAUAUCUUUCAACCUUUUCUUUUUGGUUUAAUUGGAGCAGAAGUAUCUGUUACAUCUCUUAGGCCUGAAACCGUUGGGCUCUGUGUUGCUAUAUUAGGCAUUGCCCUAGUUGUGCGAAUAAUAGCAACGUUCCUGAUGGUGUCUUUCGCUGGGUUUAAUUUCAAGGAGAAGGUAUUUGUCUCACUGGCAUGGAUUCCCAAAGCCACUGUCCAGGCUGCAAUAGGUUCUCUUGCCCUGGAUACAGCAAGACGACAUCAAGAUGAGCAACUGGAAAAGUAUGGAAUGGAUGUACUGACAGUAGCUUUCUUGGCUAUCUUGAUCACUGCUCCAAUUGGAGCCCUGGUUAUUGGCUUGGCAGGGCCCAGACUUUUGCAGAAGGCUCAGACAAAUAGCAAGGAGGAUGAGGAAAGUGCUGAGGUUGGAGAAGAGGCAGAGGCCUGUGAACCUUCCUAAGACAACUACAGCAGUCUGGUCCUUCAGCCCUGACACUUUUGUUGAGUAAAGAUGGCGUGUCUCUAAUCUUGCUGGAGGAAACUAAAACUAUCAGUCACCCCUGCUAUUUUUAAAUAAGCCCUGGUGGAGUUCUAUAAAAUAUUUUUAUGUGA